AUGACUACCGAGCUUCUUCAAAUCGAACCUGGUGAACUCAGAUUUGUCUUUGAAUUGAAGAAACAAAGUUCAUGCUUGAUUCAACUUGGAAACAAGGCUGAUCAGUAUAUUGCUUUUAAGGUAAAAACAACAUCACCAAAGAAAUAUUGCGUCAGACCCAACAUAGGCAUCAUCAAGCCAAAGGAAAGAUGUGAUUUUACUGUUACUAUGCAAGCUCAGCGCACAGCACCACCUGAUAUGCAGUGCAAAGACAAAUUUCUGAUUCAAAGCACAGUUGUCCCUUUUGAAGCUACAGAAGAUGACAUUACAUCAGAUAUGUUUGCAAAAGAUAGUGGAAAGUAUAUUGAGGAGAAGAAAAUAAAGGUAGUCCUCAUCAGCCCUCCAUCGUCUCCAGUUUUGCUUCCAGUAAAUGGCGAUGUGAAGCAGGAUCCAUUCAAUGAGAUUAAUGUGCAAAAAGAUAGGGUGCCCAGUGGAAUUGAAAACAUACCUCCCCCUCUUAGACUUUCUGAGGAAGUUAAAGGUUUGGAAACCACCCAGGAUAUGAGGGAGGAUAGAACAGAUGAGGAUAUUGUCCCAAGACAUGCUGAGAAUGUGCGUGACAUGAAACCAGCAAAAGAUGAUGUGCAGUUGAAUUUAGCUAAUGAUACUGAGGAAUUGAAGUCAAGGCUUAAUAUAAUGGAUUCAAAACAAAGACAGGCUGAGGUAACCAUCAAGAAGCUGAAUGAGGAGAGGCGCAUGGACACUCAAGAAAAAGAUUUGCUUAAGAAAGAGUUGGAGGUGUUAAAGACGAAAAUUGAUACGAAAGGAGUUCAGGCUGGCUUUCCAUUACUGUUUGUUUGUAUGGUUGCUCUUGUCUGCCUGGUGGUCGGAUACUAUAUCCAUCCAUAA